AUGCUUCGUCCCGCAACUUCUCUCUUAUGGACCUGGCUGGUUUUCUGCCGCCUCUGCACAGCGAUCCCCGCCGACGCCUUGGAGCUCUCCUCUAGAGACACGUAUAAAGACGACCAGGGCAGCUACGACUGCCUCCAGGAAGCCUGUGACGUCACCGUUUGCGCGACCGAUCCAGAUAAUGCAUUCGCCGAGGCCACCGCUGGCGUACUACUCCAGAUAGGCCCGGAUUGUACGGGGUGGGCGGACGGGAGCCCUUGGUUAGUUACAGACGGUGACCCUGCCGCCUGCCCUGUAGGCCGUCGGCUGUACCGGGGCUGGUUAAUGAUAUGGCGUGGGUGGAACAACAAUGGCAAGCAUUCGGUAACGACUUUUGUGCCGUGGGAGAAUUUCAAGGGUGCUACGUGCACUGGCAAACAGGACGUCGUCUGUAUCAAAGGACCUAAAAAGAUUCCGGAUCCGAACACCGGUAUAUGUAUGAAUUGGGAUCUGUGA